AUGACAACUGAUUUGAUAGCCAUGAUGCGUACUCUCCCACCGGAGAUGCGCGCACAGGUCUAUGAAUGUAUUGAAACACCAAAUUCUAAAAUGGGCAAGGUAAUGAACCAUCUGUCUCGGAUGCGUCAUGAGGUUACUAGGAUCCGCAACCGUAUGUUUGCACACGCUUAUCCUUUCAUGCAGCAACGUAACAGGGUUACUUCUAUUAAUAUUGUCGAAAUACAAGCACUCAUUUAUGAUACUGAAGAUGUCGACUGCACAUCGAAUGACGUUUGUCUUGAACUCCGUCAGCGUUACAAGAAGUUGUUAACCGACAUGGCUUUUAACAACAUGAACUACCGCGUCGUUUACCGCAGUACUGUUUGUGUUAUGCUUGCACUUGACGAAGUUAUUUUUGUUAACAAGAAUAUCAUGUUGAUUAAGUCAGAAAUUGCCAAUCAAAUUGGUUCCCCUUCUGUACGUGUCAUGAUGGAAGAAGCCGCUAACCGCGAAAACGCUGCGGCGGCUGGUGUUGCUGCAGCCGUGAACACUAACGAGGCACCAACCAUCACAGGAGACGACCACUCCAUUCCUGAUGAAGUUGAAAUCGCACCCGAUGGCGGUGAAUUCGGGACGAUCAGUGACGCCGAAGUUCUUGCGGUCACCAAGACGGAAGAUGAUGUACCAACUCCCAAACGCCGUCCCACGCUUCCGAUACGAACGCCCCGCGCAAGCGUCCACGCUCCGACGAAGAGUAACAGGUCGAGUAAUUUAAAAUUAUGA